UUCACUUCCUGGAACAGGAGGUCUCUAACUCCAGGAGGACCUCUUUAUUUCUGUAAUGGUGUGUGAGGACUGACUCCUAGAACGUCACCUGGCCUCGGACCCGUCAGCAUGGGGAGGAUCGGCAUCUCUUGUCUUUUUCCUGCUUCCUGGCAUUUUAGCAUCUCUCCAGUGGGGUGUCCUCGAAUUCUGAAUACCAAUUUACGCCAGAUUAUUGUUAUUAGCGUCCUAGCUGCCGCUGUUUCACUUUUAUACUUUUCUGUUGUUAUAAUCCGAAAUAAGUAUGGGCGACUAUCCAGAGACAAGAAGUUUCACAGGUACUUGGCACGAGUUACUGACAUUGAAGCUACAGACACCAAUAACCCCAAUGUGAACUACGGUAUCGUGGUGGACUGUGGUAGCAGUGGGUCUCGCAUAUUCGUCUAUUGCUGGCCAAGGCACAAUGGCAAUCCUCAUGAUCUGUUGGAUAUCAGACAAAUGAGGGAUAAAAACCGAAAGCCAGUGGUUAUGAAAAUAAAACCCGGCAUUUCCGAAUUUGCUACCUCUCCAGAGAAAGUCAGUGAUUACAUUUCUCCACUCUUGAACUUUGCUGCAGAGCAUGUACCACGGGCAAAACACAAAGAGACACCUCUCUACAUCCUCUGCACAGCUGGAAUGAGAAUUCUUCCUGAAAGCCAGCAGAAAGCCAUCCUGGAGGAUCUCCUGACUGAUAUCCCCGUGCACUUUGACUUCUUGUUUUCUGACUCUCACGCAGAAGUGAUUUCAGGGAAACAAGAAGGUGUGUAUGCUUGGAUUGGCAUUAAUUUUGUCCUUGGACGAUUCGAGCAUAUUGAGGAUGAUGAGGAGGCAGUUGUGGAGGUUAACAUUCCUGGUAGUGAAAGCAGGGAAGCUAUUCUCCGUAAAAGGACAGCCGGUAUUCUGGACAUGGGCGGCGUGUCGACUCAGAUAGCGUACGAAGUUCCCAAAACUGUAAGCUUUGCCUCCUCACAGCAGGAAGAAGUAGCUAAGAACUUGUUAGCUGAAUUUAACUUGGGAUGUGAUGUUCACCAAACUGAGCAUGUGUACCGAGUCUAUGUGGCCACAUUUCUUGGGUUUGGUGGCAAUGCUGCUCGACAGAGGUACGAAGACCGAAUAUUUGCCAGCACCGUUCAAAAGAACAGGCUCCUGGGGAAACAGACCGGUUUGGCUCCUGAUACUCCAUACCUGGACCCCUGCUUACCCCUAGACAUUAAAGACGAAAUCCAGCAAAAUGGACAGACCAUGUACCUCCGGGGAACAGGAGACUUUGACCUAUGUCGAGAGACCAUCCAGCCUUUCAUGAAUAAAACGAAUGAGACACAGACUUCCCUCAAUGGAGUCUACCAGCCCCCGAUUCACUUCCAAAACAGUGAAUUCUAUGGCUUUUCGGAGUUCUACUAUUGCACUGAAGAUGUGUUACGGAUGGGGGGGGAUUACAGUGCUGCUACGUUUACUAAAGCUGCAAAGGAUUAUUGUGCAACGAAGUGGUCGAUCUUGCGGGAACGCUUUGACCGCGGACUCUACGCUUCCCAUGCCGACCUCCACAGGCUGAAGUAUCAGUGCUUCAAGUCAGCCUGGAUGUUCGAGGUGUUUCACAGGGGCUUUUCGUUUCCUGUCAACUAUAAAAAUUUAAAGACAGCCUUACAAGUUUAUGACAAGGAGGUUCAGUGGACGCUCGGAGCAAUCCUUUACAGGACCCGUUUUUUACCAUUAAGGGACAUCCAGCAGGAGACCUUCCGGGCCAGUCACGCUCACUGGCGGGGCUUCUCCUUCGUCUACAAUCACUACCUGUUCUCAGGCUGCUUCCUGGUGGUCGUGCUCUCCAUCCUCCUGUACCUGCUGCGGCUGCGGCGCAUUCACCGGCGGACGCCCCGCAGCGCCUCGACCGCCGCCCUCUGGCUGGAGGAAGGCCUCCCGUCCCAGAAGAUUGCCGGCGCCCUGUGAAGGGGGUUCGAGAGCCCUGGAAGACUUUCUGAAGGAAAAGCCAUUUUUGCCUCAGGGUUUCUCCUCUUUAUUCUCACUUGGUUUUGUUUCUCCUUUGCCCUUUUGUUCCUUGAAACAGAAACGAAAUCCAUUGUUUGUAAGCUCCACUGUUUUGUCUACAGCUUUAAAUUGAGGAGCAGGGAGAAGGGAAAAUCACUUCAUUCUUGCUGCACAGGA